AUGCAUCAUCGAUAUGGCAGUAGUAGCAACAACUCUUCGAUAUCAUCAUCAAGUCAUGGAAUGUUUCUCGGUACGGCAAGAGAAAAGCGAGAAAAACUAUUAAGAAAAGCUUAUUUCAAUCAACAUCGCAACGGAUCGUAUGCAGGUUGGCAGCCUCAUUCUCCACCACCACAGCCCGUACCAGAAGCGUUGUCUCCGGAUUUUCGAUACUUUCGUCAUCAUUCAAAUCCUCGUACACACAGUGUCGAUAGUGUUUCAUCGUCAACAACUACGACAACUGCGACUCUUCCGAUAUUUGAACAACAUAUGCCACGUACCGCAAGUCAAACGAGUUUGAAUAUGAAUCGUGCAAGUCCCUGUCCAUCGGAUAUGUCAUUUUCUUAUUCAAAUCCGAAAUAUUUCGUUCGAACAGCUGUCUUUCGUCCAACUUCCACUCUGCCCAACAAAGCACCAUUACACUAUGAAAACGUUCUACAACCUUCACUAUUGGACGAUAAACAUCGAUAUGGUUAUAAUAAUGAUGAAACAACAUUUCGUUCACCUACACCAGGACCAGAUUUUUCAACCGUUCGCACUGAUUCGAUCACUCUUGAUGACUUAAUCGAACGUAUAACUCCAACAUCAAACUGUACACCAGAAAUCACGUUCCUCUAUCCAACUCUUCUCUGCGUUCGAACGCAUCUCAAUCCGACUUUACUAUUUAAUCAAAUAGCAAGAACAGUGUUUAGUAAUCUCGCACACAUUUUUCAAGAACAACGAACGAAUUUGAUUUUAAAUUAUCUGACCAUGUUGAUACAUUGGACGAAAACUUUCUCAUAUGAUUUUCGAACACCAACUCUGAUGAAUCAACUCGACUGUGUGACAAAUCAAAUCAUUAAACUCGAUCCAAUGUUUACUCCAAAUAUAAAACUACUUCUAUCCGACAUUUCAACAAAACUAAACAUUCUCGAACGAUACGAACAAUAUUUACAAUUAAUUGAAAACGAAAUAUCCAAUCGUUUAACAACUUCAGCGUUAACUACGGAUAUUUACGAGCAAUGUCCAUGUCCGAAAGAAUUCGCACAUCAAUUAACCCAUAUUGAAUUAGAUCGGUUGAAAGCUAUUGGUGCUGAAGAGUUCAUUCACAUGCGUUCGUCUGAUUCAUCAUCGACGUCAGAUGCAGAAUCGAAAAAAUCGUCUUCCUCGCUACCGUGGACAUCUUGUCUCGAAGCUUAUAUCAACUGGAGUAAUCGUUUAUCAUUGUUCGUUACCACCGAGAUCAUCAAACAUUUAAAGCGACACAUACGUGUUAAACUUUUGAAUUAUUUUAUUGAUGCAGCUUUAGAAUGCUUUAAUACCGGAAAUUUCAAUUCAAUGAUGGGAAUUUUAGGCGGUCUAAAUAUGUUGCCAGUUAAACGUUUGAAGAAAACGUGGAGUAAAGCCAAUCGUGCCAAAUUAGAUACAUUAGAAAAGUACAUGAAUCCAAGUAAGAACUUCUGUAUAUAUCGAUCGAUUGUGAAAGCAGCAAUGCAACGAGCUGAAAAACAUCAUUGGCAAUCGGGCAUGGUCAUUAUACCAUUUUUGAGCAUCUUUUUGCGCGAUGUGUAUUUUAUCAAAGUUCGCUCAUCGGAUAUAAUUAUGAAUGACAAUGGAAAGGAAGAACUUAAUCUAAAGAAAUUUUAUAUUCUUGCUCGAUUUAUUUCCGAAGAAUUUAUGCGAUGCAAAUCGAGUAAAUGUUCGUUUACUCGUUAUGAAAGCAUUAUCAAUUAUGUUGUUACUAGUCCUGUGUUCAGUGAAGAUUCAUUGAUGGCAGCAAGUUUCGAGUGUGAACCACCAGAAACAGAUAAUGAUCGUGAUCAAUUACGAUCUCUAAGGUUUUUGAACAUUAAGACAACAAACUACUUGACAAGAUUUUCGUUUUCUAUGAUUGAUUAUGACACAACAAUUGAAAUACAAUUGUAUGCAUGUAGAACUAUGUUUAUUCUAUUUUUUCCUUGUGUAUAUGAAUGA